AUGAUAGCAUGCAAUAAGGAUGCAUACGUUUACUUGUUGCCAUUUACUAUUCGGAAGCAGUUAGCUAGCAUUUUGGAUAUUGAUAAUGCAUGGGAAUUGCUAGCGUUUGUGAUGCCGGAUAUUGGAAAUAUAGAUAUUAGGGCUUGUCGAGAUGCGAGGUCUUUCGAAAGUCCGACAGAGAAUCUUUUGGCAAUAUGGGGUUCAAAAGGAAAUAAGGUAACUCAACUUUACAGUUGUCUUGGUCGAGCAAAACUUGUUCGUGCAAUGAAAGCAAUGCGUCAUCUAGUAGAUCCAUUGUUUUAUCAUUGGGAAGAACAGUGCUUGGAAUCCGCAGAUGAAAACGCAGAUCAAGGAAGCGAAAAAGCAGCAACUUCUCGUUUUUGCUGUUCAGCCAAAAAUGACAAUGUCAUAACACGAUGCCUUGGAGAAACGCCUUCGUUGAAGUACUCUAAUAAUAUGAGGUGGUUGGAUCCAGAAAUUGAUACUUCUACCGAUUCAUAUAUAAUAUAUAAAACUCUCCAAAAUACGCUAUGUAUCAAGUAUGGUGAUAUUGUAAAAAUUACCAACAACUUUUCGUCGAAAAAUAUUCUUGGAAGUGGAGGUUACGGGACUGUUUAUCGAGGAACAUGGGAGCAGACAGAGGUGGCAGUGAAGGUUAUACAAGCUACGAAGGAGUGUGGAGCUAAGAAAGAACAAAUGCGUCAAAGUUUACAAGAACUAAGAAUGUUGUCGAAAUAUCGGCAUGACAACAUUCUACCACUUUAUGCAUAUUCACUUGAUGGUCCUCAGCCUUGUUUGCUUUACCAGUACAUGAACAAUGGUUCAUUGUUCGAUUGUCUCUUCAGAAAAAAAUCGAUGGUUCUCACUUGGUUACAACGUAUGUCAAUAAUGAUAGGUUGCGCUCGUGCCCUACAUUAUUUGCAUUCUGCUACUAAGAAUCCAAUAAUUCACGGAGAUGUAAAGUCAGCGAACAUCUUGCUCGACAAACAUUUUGAACCAAAAUUAGGUGAUUUUGGUUUAUGCCGAGAUAAUACAAAAGAUGACUGGAAAGAUGAUGGUUUCGUUAUCGCUUCUCACGUUAAGGGAACAUUAGCAUAUCUGCCGCAAGAAUUUCUGAUAGAGAGAAUAAUUAGUACGAAGCUCGAUGUAUACGGUUAUGGUAUAGUUUUGUUAGAAGUUGCCACAGGAUUAAAGCCCCAUGUUGUCAAACGGAAUCCACAAAGUAUUGUGGAGUAUGUUAUCGAUCAUCAAAAAUCUACAAAGCAUGAAAGUAUUCUAGCUGAUCACCAAUGUGGUUUUACUACUGGCUAG